AGCGCCUCGGCCUGGCCCAGGGCAUGCCCGAGUUCACGUUCGCCUGCUUCUGCGGCUUCCACGGCUUCUGCAAGAUGAAGAGGAAGAAGGAGAACGUGCGCAGGGAGCGGGAAACAGCGGUGUGAGCCGGCGC